AUGGGGCCCAACAUUCUUUUGCUUCUAUGUCUGAUUGGGCUCAGCCAGGAGGCCAUACAGAAGAUUUACAAUGGCACCGAGUGCAUCCCUAACUCACAGCCUUGGCAGGUGGGGUUGUUUGAAGGCACCAACCUUCGCUGUGGUGGUGUCCUCAUUGACCGUAGGUGGGUUCUUACAGCUGCUCACUGCAGCGGCAGAAAUUAUUGGGUGCGUCUGGGGGAGCACAGCCUCAGCCAGCUGGACUGGACAGAGCAGAUCCGGACCAGCAGAUUCUCCGUGACCCAUCCCAGCUACCAGGGAGCUGUGCAGAACCAUGAUCAUGACCUCCGACUUCUGCGGCUGGGUUUGCCUGUCCGCUUGACCCGGGGUGUUCAGAUGCUGCCACUGCCCAGAACCUGUGCAACUGCUGGAACCAAGUGCCACAUCUCAGGGUGGGGCACCACCAACCGGCCAUGGAACCCAUUCCCGGACCGGCUCCAGUGUCUCAACCUCUCCAUCGUCUCAGAUGCCACUUGUCGGGCUGUGUUCCCCGGGAGAAUCACAGACAACAUGGUGUGUGCAGGAGGCAUCCCCGGGGAGGAUGCCUGUCAGGGUGACUCUGGGGGCCCCCUGGUAUGUGGGGGAGUUCUUCAGGGUCUGGUGUCUUGGGGGUCUGUAGGGCCUUGUGGACAAGAAGGCAUUCCAGGAGUCUAUACCAAGAUUUGCAGAUACGUGGACUGGAUUAAGAGGAUCAUAAGGAACCAUUGA